AUGACUCGUGGAAACCAGAGAGAAAAGGCUCGCGCCAAGAACCAGAAGGCCGAGGGUGCUGUGAAAUCUAAGAACACGAUGACCGGCACCGAGUUUCAACGACACAAGGAAAGCAGCGCUGCUAUCAUGCGUGAAAAGCAAAAGCUCGAAGCCGUCCGGUAUUUUCCUGGAAAGUUGAAAGGCAAGGACCCUGAGGGCGACAUGUUUGCGCAGAUUGGUGGUGCAAGUUUGAUUUUGGAUACUCUACAAUGA